GAUAAGGCGCUGCCAAGUCUGGUGGCAAAGUAUAAUUUGUGUAACGUAACGUAUGCAGCCAAAAUCCUCUGCCAUGACACCUUAAAGGACUGGCGGCAGGCACGGUUUCAUGCUCGGUAGGUGACCGGAGUCAGUCUACGUUUCGCCGUUGAGCCGAGACGCUGCGCCCCCGAAACAAAAACGGCUGUGCGGACGCCGCUACAAUGAGCUCGGAGCACCAGAGCGCCAGCGAGGACGCCGACGAGUCGCAGGACAGGCCCGACGGCGGCAGCGUCUCCGACAAAGAGGAGGACCCCGACAUCGACGACUCGGACGAGGACGAUGACAUCGCUCGGGAGGUUACACCCUCGCUGCCCGGGGGCAGCGCGGACCGGUUGGAGCGCAGCGCAACGUCCCCGGCGUCGGAGGAGGGGAAGCCCCGUGGCGAGCCGACCGCCGAGCCGCACGCAGGGAGCGGCGGGGGCUCCGGCACCGAGAGGGGGCAUAGCCUGUUUUCCUGGCUGCAGAGCAGGACUAUUAGACGAGGGGUGUUUGUAGACCCAGCUAGGGAUAACUUCAGGACAAUGACCAGUUUGUACUGCUCUAUGAAUCCGGCUGUGGAGUCUGUCAACCUGAGCACUCAGACCCACGGUGCGGUGUUCAACCUGGAGUACUCCCCGGACGGGUCUGUGCUGACUGUGGCCUGCGAGCAGACUGAAGUCCUGCUGUUUGAUCCCAUCUCGUCCAGACACAUCAAAACCCUGACGGAGGCCCACGAGGACUGUGUCAACAACAUAAGGUUUUUGGACAAUCGUUUGUUUGCCACCUGCUCUGACGACACCACGAUUGCAUUAUGGGACCUCCGUAAGCUGAAUUCAAAGGUCUGCUCCUUGCACGGCCACGCCAGCUGGGUGAAAAACAUCGAGUACGACACCAACACUCGUCUCCUCGUCACGUCUGGCUUCGACGGCAACGUCAUCACAUGGGACACUAACAGGUUUACAGAGGAUGGCUGCCCACACAAAAAGUUCUUCCACACCCGCUACCUAAUGAGGAUGCGUCUGACACCCGACUGUUCCAAGAUGCUCAUUUCCACUUCCUCAGGGUACCUGCUCAUCCUCCACGACCUGGACCUCACCCAGUCCCUCGAGGUGGGCAGCUACCGCAUGCUGCGAGCCCGACGGACUCCCCUCAGCUCAGAUGGGGGCACGUCAGCAUCCAGGUCGGCUGGAACUCCUCGCCAUGGAAAUGACUCCAGCAAGAUCCACCCUCAUAGAGAAGGUCUUUCUCCCCGGAAUAGUCUGGAGGUUUUGACUCCAGAGAUCCCUGGAGAGAGGGACCGAGGGAACUGCAUCACCUCCCUGCAGCUCCAUCCGAAAGGCUGGGCCACGCUGAUCCGCUGCUCCAGCAACAUGGACGACCAGGAGUGGACGUGUGUGUACGAGUUCCAGGAGGGAGCGCCCACUCGCCCGCUCGUCUCCCCCCGCUGCUCCCUCCGCCUCACCCACUACAUCGAGGAGGCCAACGUGGGGCGGGGCUACAUUAAGGAGUUGUGUUUCAGCCCGGACGGACGGCUCAUCUGCUCGCCGUAUGGCUACGGUGUCCGCCUGCUGGCCUUCGACGAGCGCUGCGGCGAGCUGGCCGACUGCCUGCCCGUCCAGACCAGCUGCCUCAGGGAGAUCCGCUCCAUCUACUCGCACAGCGACGUGGUGCUCACCACCAAGUUCUCCCCAACACACUGCCAGCUGGCCUCGGGCUGCCUCAGUGGACGUGUGGCCCUUUACCAGCCCAAGUUCUAGCACCCGAUGCUGUCAAAGAGCGGCGCGCUGCAGACCUGGGUAGAGAAGUACUAAUCAGGAUUCCUGCAGAGACCUGGAAAGCCUGGAGAGAUAUUGCAGAAGCAUUUAGUGUUUUCCAGGUUUUAUAACUUUGAUAGUUGCACAAAAAAUCUGUAAAAAUAUUGCACUGCCCCAAUAUAUUGUUUGUACAACUAAAUAUUUUCUAUCAUAUUAGACCCUUGUCAUCUAAUAUAUGCAGAUAUUUGUUGUGCAGAACUAGUAUUUAUCCACAGAGUGAUAUGGUCUCUUUAGUAUCAUUUAAUAUAAAUUAUAUCAAAACCAUCAGAGGAAAUUACAUUUUUAAACAAUUCUCAAAAUGCAGGAGCCCUAAAUAACAUUUCCUAGCAUUUGUUUUAAAGUGCUCAGCGGACCAGAUGGGUGGGAUGUAUGCAUGCAUGUAUUUAAAAUAGUGGGACACAUGGUCUAAACGUCAGUAUUCUUGGAGGCUGAAGUUUUCUUUAAAAAUACUUAUAAUUAAAAUAUUUCAAUAAUGUGAAUUUUCUGAACCUUAAUGAAAACCCCACCCAUCUGGCACCUAAUAAGGAUAAAGUAAACCUGAAAUAUCGAUACUUUAAGCACUUCUAGACCCAGGUCUGCAGCUGUGAAGCAGACUGAGUUUGUUUGGGGGAGAGAGAAAAAAAAAAAAAAAAAUUUAAAGAAGGAGAAGACAUCGGAGACUUCGGCUCUGGCCCCCCGGCCAGGCUGCAGCACUGGAUGGAAACAUUUAGCCUGUCUGACCCUAAACACGAAAAAAAGACCUUGAGGCAACGAAACAAAAAAGGGCAGUUGGGUGUUGCAAACUAGACUUCGACUCACACUGAGGAGAGGGUUUGAAGUCCAAACCUUGAAGCUCUUGAUCGUUAAAUCGAGAGAUGCAACAUGGCAUCAGUCGAAAAAAACAACAACAAAAAACUCUACAGGUCAUCUAUGGCUCUUUUUCAUACUAAAGAUUAAUUUUGGUCUCAAUAGCAGUAGAAAACUUUAACCUAUUUCGAGACUCAGCACACCUAGAUGUUGCUGCCUCGGGACAAAAACACUAAGGAUGCAAACGGAUAUAUUGAUCCAUUAAUUCUAACCAGACAAACAAGAAACGGGCGCUCGUGUCUGUCGUCUGCACUGUCGUUGAUCGUCCUGACUCUGCGUCCUCCGCCGCGGAUCCUGUCGCUCUCAGCUACUCCGCUCUGCUCAUGCCUUUUUCUUCAGGUGCUGCUUCUCUGCUCAAACAAUCUGAACUUUGACCCCCGACUUAAAGGACCUCAUCAUCAACGCCUUUCUCCUGCGCACAUGGACGGUGGUUUCUCCACUUCUUACUUCCUGUACCUUUUUUUUUUUUCCCCCCAUCUGUUCCCUGUUUUCACUUUCAUAGUCUUUAAAAGAUUUUUUAGUGGUUUUAUUGGUGUAUUAAUGUCAGCACUACUUAUGGCACGGUGUUUGAUUCAUUUGACUCUAUGGUCACUCGCCAUUGUUUAGGCCGCGCUUGGACUAGCUACAUAGGAAUCGCUUUCUCAUUUCUCUCCACAAUUUGUGUUUUUAUCUUAAAGCCUGUGAAUGGAAACUUCAUGCCACCUGGACGGUAGAAAAGUCCAGCUGCUGUCACCAUCUCAGUUUUCAAAGUAUCCCACCCUGGACCUUUUCCAGACCUUCUUUCUUUACAAACCAGUAUAGCACGAUUUUCAAGGAAAACAGCAUUCAUAAUUACACAUCUUCUCCCUAAAAGAUAAGGCUGAGGGGGGAAAAAAAAAAAAAAAAAGUUAUGGAUUCACAGAAAGUUUUCCCGUCUCUCAGUACUUUAUGAUUUCCUUAGUCAGUCUGUGGCACUCAACCCAAGCCCAUUGGUUCCAUUUGACGAUGUAAAAACAGCUCACAAAUAUGUAGUUUCAUUUUUCUUUAAAAAAAAAACAAACAAACAAAAAAAAACAACAAAGCAAAAAAGGUUCAGUAAUUCCCUAACACAGCUGGGCGCUGUAGUUUUUAGCAAACAUAAAUCAAACAGGAGUAAAUAGUGAAGUUCUUGGGGACUACUUUCAGCAGCAGAUCAAUACACAUUCGGUGCACUGGUGAGUAUUUCAGCAGCAGGAUGGUGUAUGUUGGAUUAAGUCAGAAUAAACCAGUGUGUCCAUGUUCAGUAAUGAAGGAAAAUGUUGGCCAGUGCAACGGAGUGACUUGCUGAUGUGUUUUUAAUAGUUUUCGGACAAACAAUGGAGCACUGUGGCAUCAGUAAUUGGCCUCGCAGACAACACAGAUUUGUUCAUAAUGAGAAAAGCAUAGAAAAACUGCCAGCCUCCCCCUCAGUGGCUUUCUGACUCUUCGGCCGGCGGUGUUUGGCAGAAGAAUUUGCCUCAGCAUUGUUGGUUUCAUGUUCACGGGAUUGUUGCCAAGAAAACAUUCGACUCGAUUUCUGAACCACGUACCUCGUUUUGUUCAGUAUUUGAUUCUUUUCCCAUCAUCUCAUCCAAUUUCAAACUUUUGCUAUGUUGUCAUAAAGGUGACCAACCGGGCCUUUUUUUUUUUUUUUAUUUGCUUCUAGCAACAGAAUAGCUUUGACUGUUUAACCACUGUUGAUGCUUUGGGUUUACAACCAGUGUAGUAUAGCUGCUGUAAGAGCCAAGAACAUGUGUGGAUGUUACACCUUAACGUAAACUGGUUACAGUACAUACAGACUGACUGCAGAAUAGAUAGUAAUGUGCUGUUGCAUAAACAAUAGAUAGACUUAAGCGUAUCCUACUAUGCAUACCAGCCUUUAUGAAGAUUCUCCUUUCUUAUUUAUGUGAGGGUGAUGCUCUGUGUGGAGCUGUCAGAUGCCAAAAUGUGUUUUGCGUGGGCAAGACAGUGCUUUGGA